UCACGUUAACUGUUGUUAUAGGAGUGGCCGUUGAAAAGUAAACUGGACCCUGUGGUUUAUGGUGAUCCCAACUCACUUAUUACUAGUGAGAUUGUGGAAAGAGAAAUCAAAGGAGUCAUGUCAUUUGAUGAGGCUCUGGAGAACAAGAGAUUGUUCAUGCUGGACUAUCAUGAUUUGCUUCUACCGUAUGUGAACAAAGUGAGAGAGUUGGAUGAUAGCACCUUAUAUGCUUCUCGAGCACUAUUCUUCCUCAGCGAUGAUAGCACAUUGAGACCUGUUGCCAUUGAGUUGACUCGUCCCCAAGAUGUAAACAGACCCCAGUGGAGGCAGGUAUUCACGCCAGGAUAUGAUGCUACCUCCUGCUGGCUAUGGAGUCUUGCUAAGACUCACACUAUUUCUCAUGACGCUGGUUAUCACCAGCUUAUUUCCCACUGGCUGAGGACUCACUGCUGUAUGGAGCCAUACAUUAUAGCGGCAAACAGACAACUAAGUGCCAUGCAUCCUAUCUAUAGGCUUUUGCAUCCCCACUUCCGCUACACGAUGGAGAUCAACGCUCGUGGACGCCAAAGUCUCGUCAACGCAGGUGGAAUCAUUGAGUCUUGUUUCUGGCCCGGAAAGUAUUCAUUAGAGCUAAGUUCAGAUGUCUAUGACAAACUAUGGAGGUUCGACAGGGAAGGCUUACCUGCAGACCUAAUCAGCAGGGGUCUGGCUGUGGAAGAUGAGACGGCUGAACAUGGGGUUCGCUUGACGAUACCAGAUUACCCAUUUGCGACUGACGGUCUGAUGCUGUGGGAUGCACUUAAGGAAUGGGACAGACAUGUGAAUCACUAUUAUCCAGAUGCGGAACAGGUCAAGUUGGAUGAGGAACUCCAAGGAUGGUGGAGUGAAGUGAGGAACAUAGGGCAUGGAGACAAGAAAAAUGAACCAUGGUGGCCUGUCCUCAAAACACAAGAUGACUUGAUUGAAGUGGUGACUACUAUUGCAUGGGUGGCUUCAGGUCACCAUGCAGCUGUAAACUUUGAACAGUACGGGUAUGGUGGAUACUUUCCCAACCGACCAACCACAGCAAGAACCAAAAUGCCAGUGGAAGAGCCGACAGAGGAAGAGCUAAAAGAGUUCUAUGAGGAUCCAGAGAAGACCAUGCUUAAGACAUUCCCGUCGAAGAAGCAGGCGACCAUAGUGAUGGUGACUUUGGAUCUUCUAUCAGCACAUUCACCAGAUGAAGAAUACCUAGGAGAAAACGCAGAAGCGUCUUGGGCCCACGAACCUGUCAUCUAUGCUGCAUAUGAACGAUUCAAAGGCAAGCUCCAAUACCUAGAAGGAGUGAUAGAUGAGAGGAACGUGAAUGUUUCUCUAAAGAAUCGAACUGGAGCAGGUGUUGUUAAGUACGAGCUUUUAAAGCCUAUCUCUGAACCAGGCGUUACUGGGAUGGGUGUUCCCUACAGUGUGUCUAUCUGAUCUAAUGCAUUUUGAUCUAAUGCAUUGGAUGUUAUCAUCUACGUUUCUCCCAAGUUAUCAUCUAUGUUUUUUUGCUUUUGCAAUAACUAAUGAAUCUCAACCUGCUCAAAAGUACCUUGUUUGUGCUGGGAAGCGGUAAAGGAUUUUGAUGUUGUUAUUUCUUUUGGGGAUAAUUAAGACUUAAUGUGUGGUUA